AUGGCAACGGCGCUGGAAAUUGUUGAAGUACCAGCUUAUGUUUCAGACGAUGAGGUGGAUCCCAAUGCAAUUGUCGACAAUGGAAAUCAAAAACGUAUGAAAAAGAGACAACGAAAUUGGGUAGAAGAAAAGGUGUUUAACAACACUGAAGAAGCUGAAGAGGUGGUGAUCAAAGAAAAUCAAUGGAGUUAUCAUCAUACAAAUACAACAGCUGCAGGAAAAAAGACAUUUUUUAGAUGUAAUAAAGUCAAAGCUCGUGGUAAACAAUGUGAUGCUGGUAUAUGUUUAUUAUUUGAUUCUACAAAUGAUAAGAUUUUUUUAUUUCGUGCCACAUCAGAUCAUACUCAUGAUAGCACACAAGAAAAACCUUCAAGAAUACCAAAUGAAGUAAAAACAGUUAUACAGGAAUUAUAUGAAUUGAAAUUGAAACCGAAAGCAAUAAUCGAAGUACUUCAUGAACGUGGAAUAACACCACCUAACAUUAGCCAAUUAAAUAAUUUUUUAAGAACCAUUAAGAAUACAAAACUUGGUCCAACUUCAAUUAGUCUUGGUGAAAUUGAACAAUGGUGUUUAGAAUCGAGUCAAUCAAUUCCAGAAUCAAUUGAUACUCCUUUUGUUGCAUCAUACCAAAUUAUUUAUGAUGAUGAUAAUGAAAAUGACGAUGUCGAUGAUGAUGAUGUUAAUGAAAACAAGUUUCGGUUUUUUAUUACAACAAAAAGACUUCUACAAAUUGCUUCAAGGUCAAAAAGAAUUCAUGCUGAUGCAACAUAUAAAUUGUUGUGGCAAGGAUUCCCGGUUCUUAUUGUCGGUACAACUGAUCUUGAUCGACAUUUCCAUGCAUUUGGUAUGUCUGUUUGUUCAAAUGAAACAACACAUGAUUUCAGAUUUUUAUUUCGUGGUUUACAAGAAGGUGUACAAAAGCUAAAUUUAGAAGAAAUUAAUCCAGAAUUUUUAAUUGCU